UGAAUCCAUAUCUCUAUAGUAUCGAAUAAUCGAAUUUCUUAUCGUGCAGGCAACGAUUCAGUUUCAUUUGCCAGUGUCCCGUAGGGGGUCGUCUUUGUGGUUAUAUAUUAUUUACAAAAUAACCUGUAGCUGCGAUCUUACAAUGGAGAAAAAAGUUAUAAAUCAGAAGGAUUAUUUAAAAAAGUACCUCUCAUCUGGCAAGGAUAAGAAAAAGAGUAAAAAAAAGAAGAUUAAUGUGGGAGCUAAAACUGUUAAAAUCAUCGAUGAUGAUAUUGAUCUCAAAAACAUGCGAGCGAUUGAAGAUGGGGAAUUUGAUAUUUAUGCUAACGCAGAAGAUGGGCCACAAAUUGCAGGAAUAGUUGAUGAACGAGGCCCUGUUGAUUUCUCAGACAAAAAAAGAUGGAAAAUCAUCACCGAUGAUGGAUUUGGCGAAAUUUCCGUCACCAGUGUUAGCAGAAAUGGAAAACUUGCUGAUGAAUCUAAGCAGGAAAGCAGGGUUAAUGCUUCUAGUAAAAAUGACUAUUCUGAUUCCGAUGAACCAAGCUGUAAAAAAUCGCUUCCAAAAAAGAAACAUCGUAGAGUAGUCAGGGCUUCUAGAAGCCGGUCUGGAUCUGUGGAUAGUGACCUUAGCCUAUCACGAAAAUCGAGAAAACCUCAGAAACAUUCUGACUCUGAUGAAGCGAAUCCUCAAAACCUAUCUUCCAACAAGAAAUAUCGUAAAGUUUCUAGGUCUACCAGAAAUCGUUCGGAUUCUGAAAACAGUGACCUAAGCCCACCUCGAAAGUCUAGAAAAAAUUCCGACUCAGAUGAUUCUAAUAUUAGAAGAUCGUCAAAAAAAGGUCAACACAAUAAUUCCAAACCUGUCAAAAUCCAUUCUGGCUCUGAAGAUAGCGACUUCAAUCCUCCCAGAAAACCCAGAAAAAAUUCUGACACGUAUGAAUCAGGUCGAAUCAAAGCCUCCUCAAAAAAACAUCAACACAGAAGUAGUGCCACUGGUAGAAAACCUUCUAAUUCUCAGGACGAUGAUUUUAGUCCACCACGCAGACCCAGGAAAAACUCUGACUCUGAUCUGAGUCCUCCUAGACAAUCUAAGAAUCCAGAUCUCCACAGGGGAAAUGAGAAAUACAAAUAUCGUGAGGAUUCUAAUUCUGAAUCACAAAGAAAACUAAAAAGCAAACAUUCUAAAGAUCGUGAAAACCUCUCUAAGAGUUCUCGGCAUGAAAAUUAUGAAAGCAGGACUCGUUGGGGAACGUCGCCUGUCUCACGAUCUGCAGAAAGGGGCAAAGAUAAUUCGCACAGAACAAGCAAAUAUGGCAGUGGGAAUAAUCCAACUGAAUAUGAUAGAAUUUAUGACCGAUCAAGGAAAAAUAUUGAUAAUUCUGCAAACUGUAAAGAUAGAGGUGGCCGUAGAGAUGAAUCUGGCUUAUUAGUAGAUAGGAAAAAAGGCGAGGAAAAAAAAAGCUCAACCAAGCAUUCCCGGAGAGUUGAGAAUAACUCUGAUUCCGAUUUGAGCCCCCCUAGAGAGCCGAAGAAAAAAUCUAGGAACUCUGAUUCGGAUUUCAGCCUUCCCCCGAAGAGAAACGAGAACUAUCAAAUGAUGACAGAAGAAUCGAGCGGAUUUGGACAGGCUCCGGUACUACGUGAUCGUAAAACUGGAAGGAGACGAGAUCUUGCUGCAGAGGCUCGUGAGAAGAAAGAAAAAGACGAUAAACAACAGGAAUUAGAGGAAAAAUAUGCUCAGUGGGGCAGAGGAUUAAAGCAGGUCGAAGAUCGCCAGGAGAAAUUGGAUCGAGAUUUAUACGAGAUGACCAAGCCCCUUGCAAGGUACGCAGAUGAUGCAGAUUUGGAGCGAGAGCUCAAGGCGCAGGAAAGAGAAGGAGACCCUAUGCUGGCCUACAUGAAACGGAAGCAAGUGAAAGAAGGAAAACAGGAACCAGAAAAGCCUAAGUACAAUGGUCCAUCAAUACCAAACCGGUUUGGGAUACGUCCGGGGUAUCGGUGGGACGGAGUAGACCGAAGUAAUGGAUAUGAGAAGAAAUGGUUCGAUGCACAGAAUGCUAGGAAAGCUGUACAAGAAGAAGCCUAUAAGUGGAGUACUGCGGAUAUGUAGUGUACAAAAAUGACUGUUUGACUGCCAUGGCUCUAAAAUUGAACUGCGAAAGGGUUCCUCAGUUUGUUGUAUGUACAAAUUGAAAAAAAAUGAGAUUAAGUUUUGUAAUCAA